AUGAUUUCGAUUCGUUUUGAUGUUUGGCCAAAUGACGAUUACAAUAAUGAUAACGAAAAUCGUUCUCCUAAUUCAUUUCAAUCAAAUAAUGAUUCUUUAGAAAUGGAUACUUUAAAACGUCGUAACAUUCCUACUACGAUUAAUCAACAAUUUCCUAAAGCUGGUUACGAACAAGUUCCUCUUGACCCAAUUGACUUUGAUGAAAAUGGAAAAUUGCAUAAACCGUUACGUUUACCAAAAAAUAAGGUUUUAGCCAUUUGGCAACAACAUAAUGAUAUCAUUAUUCCGGCAUUCUUUACUCUUUUAUCUUUUUGGACAAGAUAUUACUUGAUCUCUUAUUCAAAAUUCGUUGUUUGGGAUGAGUUUGGUUCACAUUACCUAAAGAGAGAGUUUUAUUUUGAUGUGCAUCCACCACUUGGAAAGAUGAUAGUUGGUCUUGCUGGAUAUCUCGCAGGAUAUAAUGGAUCAUUCGAAUUUGGCUCCGGUGAAGCUUAUCCCGAAGAUGUAAAUUACGUUUUUAUGCGAAUAUUUUUGGCAUCUUUUGGUGCCUGGCUGGUUCCCUUAGCAUAUUUUACUGCACUUGAGCUAGAUUUCUCCCAACAUGCUAUUAUAUUGACGACAUUAAUGGUUUUACUUG